AUGGCCGAGCGGUCUAAGGCGCCAGACUCAAGAAAGCGAUUUUCUUACCUGAACAAGGUUUCUGGUCUUCGAAAGAGGGCACCCGGCUGGUAUAUUUUGAUAAGAUUGCAGUUAACGCGCUCCCCAACCAAGCUGGAGGUUCCUCUUCAACCAAAGAUUAUGGAAUCCCGAUCGACAAAAAGAUCUAUACACCUCGUCGACUACGCUCCCGGCGAAGUUCACGAAGGGGCUCCGGCUCCGCCGCCGAAGUACCCGCGUAUAGCUGGGCAGCGUUUUGGCCAGGACACCACAUUUAUUCCCCUCAGCCAGGCAUCGCAAGUCUCGCUCCAGGAAGACGAGGACGAUGCUGCCGCCGCAGAUCUCCUCCAAGACAAUCAAGUAGUCGAUGAUUUUUCAGAUACUACACAGCUUCAUUACGGAGAUUUGAAUACUAAGAUAGUUGGGGUCCGCUAUUACAGGGGAACAGCCACCAUUGGGGAACAUGUUGUUCUGAAGAGAGAGCCGCAUAAUCAAUACGAUCGGAAUGCAAUCCGCGUCGAUAACGUUAUGGGAACUCAAAUUGGUCAUAUUCCUCGGAAUAUGGCUGCAAAGCUAGCAACUUACAUGGAUAACAGGCUGUUGGUUGUUGAGGGUGUCCUGACUGGAGUCAUUGGCGCUUUUGAUUGCCCAAUUGUCCUGAAGCUGUAUGGCCCAAGUGACCUAGAACGAAGAGAAGCGUUGAAACAGAGAAUGGUGCAGGAUAAGCUGCCACUCAACCAUCUCAAAAAGGCCGAGCGUGAUGAAAAGAAAGUACAGAAAGAGCGGGAAAAAGCUGUGAAAGAAGCUGCCAAGAGAGCGCGUAAGGGGCAAUUGCUGGAAGCUGCGACUAAUCUGGGCUAUUCCAAUCUUUCCCAACCGUUCGGGGAAGGGAUCAUUACGGAAGAGAGCCUGGAUGAGCUCAUCAACCAAAGCAGUACAUUCAAUCCCCGCGAGAUCAAUCGUGUGACUGAGAGUUUUGGGUUGAAGGAGUCGGACUUGGAGAACAUGCCCAUGGUUGAAAGUCCCUCUUCUCUCUCCACCACUCUUCUUCCCUACCAGCGUCAAGGCCUGGCAUGGAUGAUUAGCAAGGAGAACCCGGGACUACCGACGAGCGACAACGAUGUGGUACAGCUAUGGAAAAAAGAAGGCAACAAGUUCACCAAUAUCGCGACGAAUUUCUCUACGACUGCUCCACCAUCGCUUGCUAGCGGUGGUAUCCUGGCUGACGAUAUGGGCUUGGGCAAGACAAUUCAGAUUAUUUCUCUGAUACUAUCGAACUCGCAGCCAAAGACGAAAGAAUCUUCCAAGGCUACUUUGAUCAUAUCGCCCGUAGGUAUAAUGAGCAACUGGAGAAACCAGAUCCAAGAACAUACCAACCCGGAGCAAGCACCGCGUGUGCUAAUCUACCACGGUCCUGGAAGGAAGGAGGAUGCGAAUCUAGACCACUACGACGUUGUGGUCACUAGCUACGGCACCCUUGCGACGGAAUACAAGACGGAGAGCAAAGCCACGCCCCAAAAGGGUUUAUUCUCAGUCAAGUGGCGGCGUGUCGUGCUCGAUGAAGGGCAUACAAUCCGCAACCCACGAUCAAAAGGUUUCUCCGCGGCCUGUGCUUUGCGAGCUGACUCCCGCUGGGCAUUGACAGGGACGCCUAUAGUAAACACUUUGAAAGACCUUUACUCCCAGAUUCGCUUCCUAGGACUCACUGGGGGCCUCGAAGAUUUUGCUGUCUUCAACAGCGUCCUUAUUCGACCCCUCAUGUCUGACGAUCCCGACUCCCGUCUACUGCUCCAGGCCCUCAUGAGCACCAUAUGCCUGCGUCGCAGAAAGGACAUGGGAUUCGUGAACUUACGUCUGCCAACUCUAACGUCUCGUGUUCUGCGCAUAAAGUUCCAUCCUCAUGAGAAAGAGAAAUACGACAUGUUCCAAUCAGAAGCCAAAGGCAUGCUCCUCGACUUCAAAUCCAAUAAUAAAACCGGCACCACCUACUCCCACCUCCUCGAAGUCAUCCUCCGUCUCCGCCAGGUUUGCAACCACUGGGCCCUAGCCAAAAACCGCCUCGACAAGCUUGCUGCUAUUUUAGACAAACAUCAGACCGUUCCACUCACCCCUGACAAUAUUAAAGCCCUCCAGGACAUGCUCCAGAUUCGUAUUGAGAGCCAGGAAAUCUGUCCCAUCUGCCUGGAUAUUCUCGAAACACCUGUCAUAACCGCCUGCGCUCACGCCUUCGACCACGACUGCAUCGAACAGGUCAUUGUCCGCCAACAUAAGUGUCCCAUUUGCCGCGCCGAAAUCGAAAAUAAAUCAAGUCUUGUCGCGCCAGCCGCAGACUUGGGCGAGAAUACAGACGACGUGUCAGCAGACCCGGACAACCCCAGCAGCAAGAUUGAAGCCCUGAUCAAGAUCUUAACGGCGCAUGGCCAGGUAGAGGCCACAAAGACCGUUAUAUUUAGCCAAUGGACAUCCUUCCUGACUCUCGUUGAGCCGCACCUUCAAAAUGCCGGGAUCCAGUUCGCCCGCAUCGACGGUAAAAUGACAUCGAUAGCCCGCGACCGCUCAAUGCGCCGCUUCUCCACAGACCCCAAGUGCACUGUGCUCCUCGCUAGUUUGAGCGUCUGCAGCGUUGGUCUGAACCUGGUUGCCGCUAAUCAGGCUAUCCUUGCGGAUAGCUGGUGGGCCCCUGCAAUCGAGGACCAGGCUGUUGAUCGUGUUUACCGGCUUGGGCAGACACGCGAGACUACAGUAUGGAGGCUUGUCAUGGAAGACAGUAUCGAGGAUCGAGUGCUGGCGAUCCAGGAGCAGAAGAGAAAGUUGAUGCUCGCUGCCUUCCGGGAGAAGGCGAGCAAGAAGGUUGAUGAUCGAGCGACACGUGUGGCAGAUCUGGAGAAGCUCUUAACGUGA